AUGUCAAAUAGAAGGGGGUCUGAUCAGCAACAGCCGCAGAGGCGGAUUCUGCGGACUCAGACUGCUGGUAAUCUAGGAGAGUCCAUGCUGGACAGUGAGGUGGUGCCUUCUUCUCUGGUUGAGAUUGCUCCAAUUCUCCGUGUUGCUAAUCAAGUAGAGGCUAGCAACGCUAGAGUUGCUUAUCUCUGUCGGUUCUAUGCCUUUGAGAAAGCUCACAGACUAGAUCCCACAUCUAGUGGGCGUGGUGUUCGCCAGUUUAAAACUGCGCUUCUACAACGUUUGGAAAGGGAAAAUGAAACCACCAUGCAAGGAAAGACGAUAAGUGAUGCUCGAGAAAUGCAGAAAUUUUAUCUAGAUUACUAUCAGAAGUAUAUACAAGCUUUACGAAAUGCUGCUGAUAAAGCUGAUCGUGCCCAACUUACAAAAGCUUAUCAAACUGCUGCUGUUCUAUUUGAGGUUUUGAAGGCUGUCAACCAGACAGAGUCUGUUAAAGUAGAUGAUGAGGUUUUGGAAGCUCAGACUGAAGUUGAAGAAAAGACCCGAAUUUAUGUGCCCUAUAAUAUCCUUCCUCUCGAUCCUGACAGUCAACAUCAAGCUAUUAUGAGAUUUCCUGAGAUUCAAGCUACUGUUUCUGCACUUCGAAACACCAGGGGUCUUCCAUGGCCAAAGGGGCACAAGAAGAAAGUAAAUGAAGACAUUUUAGACUGGCUUCAGGCUAUGUUUGGCUUUCAGAAAGAUAAUGUGGCAAAUCAAAGGGAGCACUUGAUUCUGUUGCUCGCAAAUGUGCAUAUACGACAAUUUCCAAAGCCUGAACAGCAACCCAAGAUGGCAUUUGAAUUGUAUGGAAUGUUGGCUGGGAGUGUCAGUCCAAUGACGGGCGAGCACAUAAAGCCAGCCUAUGGUGGUGAAAAUGAGGCUUUUUUAAGUAAAGUAGUAAAACCUAUAUAUGACACGAUAGCCAUGGAAGCCAAAAAGAGCAAAGGAGGAAGGUCGAAGCAUUCUAAAUGGAGAAACUAUGAUGAUUUGAAUGAAUACUUUUGGUCAGUUGACUGUUUUCGAUUAGGAUGGCCCAUGCGUGCUGAUGCUGAUUUCUUUUGCCUCCCUGUGGAGGAGCUUCGACCUGAUAAUGAUGAGGGGAGGGCACAGUUCUUAAACCUCAUUGGCAAGGUUAUGAUAGAGAGACAAGGAGUAGAGAUUAAGAAUGAUAGAAACAGUAGAGUUAAGAAACCAGUUACAGGGGAUCGAUGGAUUGGAAAAGUUAAUUUCGUUGAAAUAAGAUCAUUUUGGCAUAUUUUCAGAAGUUUUGAUAGAAUGUGGAGCUUCUUUAUUUUGUGUUUUCAGGCGAUGAUUAUCAUUGCUUGGAAUGGAUCGGGAAAAUUGAGUUCUGUAUUUGAAGGUGAUGUUUUCAAGAAAGUUCUGAGCAUCUUCAUCACUUCUGCAAUACUGAACUUUGUACAAGCUGGCAUUGAUAUCAUUCUGAUGUGGAAGGCAAGGAAGACUAUGCCAUUAUAUGUCAAAACAAGAUAUGUUUUAAAGGUUCUUUCAGCUGCAGCAUGGGUCAUAAUUCUACCAGUAACAUAUGCUUAUAGUUGGAAAAAUCCUCCUGGAUUUGGACAGACCAUUAAGAAAUGGUUUCUUGAACGGUCAAACUUUAAGAUUGUGAUGUUCAUGAUGUGGUGGUCACAGCCUCGGCUCUAUGUUGGAAGGGGAAUGCAUGAGAGUUCUGUUUCACUGUUCAAGUACACCAUGUUUUGGGUUCUCCUAUUAGUGUCAAAAUUAGCUUUCAGUUAUUACGUAGAGGUUAAGCCACUUGUUGGUCCAACAAAAGCUAUCAUGAAGGUUCACAUACGCACCUACCAGUGGCAUGAGUUUUUUCCUCGAGCCAAGAGCAAUAUCGGUGUUGUGAUUGUUUUGUGGGCUCCUAUUGUUCUUGUCUAUUUUAUGGAUACUCAGAUUUGGUAUGCCAUCUACUCAACUAUAUUUGGAGGCAUAUAUGGUGCUUUUCGCCGUCUUGGAGAGAAUGUGGUUAAGAAUCGUUUGAUAUGCAUAUGGAGCAUAUUGAUGGGAUCUAAUUUCCAACUGUUGUGUGGUAGAAAAGUUGAUUCAAAGAAAAUACAUUGGUUCUUAUGGAUUGGUCGAUACAUUGAUGCACCAAUUCGAACAUUAGGAAUGUUGAGGUCUCGAUUCCAAUCAUUACCAGGUGCUUUCAAUGCCUGCUUGAUUCCUUCUGAAAAGGGCGAGACAAGCAAGAAGAGAGGACUGAAAGCCACAUUCUCUCGUAAAUUUACAGAGAUCGCAUCCAACAAAGAGAAGGAGGAAGCAAGGUUUGCGCAAAUGUGGAAUAAAAUAAUCAGUAGCUUCUGGGAUGAGGAUUUGAUAAAUACUAGAGAAAUGAAUUUGAUGCUUGUCCCAUAUUGGGCUGAUCGUGAACUAGACCUCAUUCAGUGGCCUCCAUUUUUGCUUGCUAGCAAGACCAUACAGAUCCCAAUAGCAUUGGACAUGGCAAAAGAUAGCAAUGGAAAAGACCGUGAGCUGAAAAAGAGGUUGGGUUCAGACAAUUAUAUGGUCUGUGCAGUUCGUGAGUGUUAUGCUUCUUUUAAAAGUGUCAUCUAUUUUUUGGUUCAAGGAGAACAGGAGAAAAAGGUUAUAAACGAUAUUUUCUCCAAAGUUGAUGACUAUAUAGAAAAGGACACCUUGAUACAAGAAUUAAAUAUGAGUGCUCUCCCAACUCUCAAUAAACAAUUUGUGAAGCUAAUUGAAUAUUUGAUAACCAAUAACAAGGAUGACAAGAAUCAAGUUGUCAUUCUCUUGCUUGACAUGCUAGAGGUUGUGACCAGGGACAUAAUGGAUGAUGAUAUUCCUAGUUUGCUGGAUUCAAGCCAUGGCGGAUCUUAUGGAAAUGACGAGGGAAUGAAACCACUUGAUCAGCAGAAUAAGUUUUUUGGCAAUCUCAGAUUUCCAGUCCCAGAGAUAGAAGCUUGGAAAGAAAGAAUCAGAAGGCUUCAUCUAUUGCUCACUGUGAAGGAGUCUGCUAUGGAUGUGCCAUCUAACUUGGAAGCUAGAAGGCGCAUCUCUUUCUUCUCCAAUUCAUUGUUCAUGGAAAUGCCUAAUGCACCUAAAGUUCGUAAUAUGCUUUCGUUCUCUGUCCUAACUCCUUAUCACUCCGAAGAGGUUCUUUACUCCAUAAAUCUUCUGGAAAAGCAAAAUGAAGAUGGUGUUUCUAUCCUUUUUUACUUGCAAAAAAUCUUUCCAGAUGAAUGGAAAAACUUCCUCGAACGGGUUGGAUGUAACAGCGAGGAAGAACUCCGAGCAACAGAUGGACUGGAGGAAGAACUCCGUUUGUGGGCAUCAUAUAGAGGCCAAACAUUGACAAAGACAGUACGAGGAAUGAUGUAUUACCGAAAAGCUUUGGAACUUCAGGCAUUCCUUGAUAUGGCAAAGGAUGAAGAACUAAUGAAGGGCUACAAGGCUGCUGAAUUAAAUAGCGAGGGAUCAUCAAAGAGUGAUAACUCAACUUUGCAACAAUGUCAAGCAGUAGUUGACAUGAAAUUCACAUAUGUUGUGUCAUGCCAGCAAUAUGGCAAGCACAAACGUGCUGGUGAUGAUCUUGCCAAAGACAUUUUGAGGCUCAUGAGAACAUAUCCAUCUCUUCGUGUGGCUUAUAUUGACGAAGUAGAAGAAACUGGCAAAGAUAAAUUCAAAAAGAUGGUUGAGAAGGUUUAUUAUUCAACUCUCGUGAAAGUUGCUCCUCCUACCAAACCUAUUGAUUCUUCUGAACCAGUUCAAAAUUUAGAUCAGGUAAUUUAUCGGAUAAAACUUCCAGGUCCUGCAAUAUUAGGCGAGGGAAAACCGGAAAAUCAGAACCAUGCUAUUAUUUUCACUCGUGGGGAAGGCUUGCAAACAAUCGAUAUGAACCAGGAUAACUAUAUGGAAGAAGCCUUCAAAAUGAGGAACUUGCUCCAAGAAUUUCUUAAAAAGCAUGACGGUGUGAGAUGUCCAACAAUUCUUGGGCUUAGGGAGCAUAUAUUCACUGGCAGUGUUUCAUCUCUAGCAUGGUUUAUGUCAAAUCAGGAGACUAGUUUUGUUACCAUUGGUCAGAGAUUGUUGGCUAGCCCUUUGAACAAUGGAAGUCUUACGUUAAUAGGUUUUAAUUCUACAUUACGUGAAGGCAAUGUUACUCAUCAUGAAUAUAUCCAAGUUGGCAAAGGGAGGGAUGUGGGCCUUAACCAGAUAUCUAUGUUUGAGGCAAAGAUAGCCAAUGGGAAUGGUGAGCAGACAUUGAGUCGCGACAUAUAUAGGCUUGGACAUCGAUUUGAUUUUUUCCGAAUGUUGUCAUGCUACUUCACCACAAUUGGUUUCUAUUUUAGUACCAUGCUGACUGUACUCACAGUCUAUGUAUUUCUAUAUGGCCGCCUAUACCUCGUUCUUAGUGGACUUGAAGAAGGCCUAAGUACUGAGCGAGCCAUUCGAGACAACAAGCCUCUUCAAGUGGCUCUUGCUUCUCAGUCGUUUGUACAAAUUGGAUUUUUGAUGGCCUUGCCUAUGAUGAUGGAAAUUGGUUUGGAGAGGGGUUUUCGUAAUGCAUUAAGUGAUUUCAUAUUGAUGCAGCUACAAUUAGCCCCUGUAUUUUUCACUUUUUCUCUCGGAACAAAGACCCACUAUUAUGGAAGGACAUUGCUGCAUGGAGGAGCAGAAUACAGGGGUACUGGUCGUGGCUUUGUAGUGUUCCAUGCCAAGUUUGCUGAUAACUACAGGAUGUAUUCUCGCACCCAUUUUGUCAAAGGGAUUGAACUCAUGUUUCUGCUUCUUGUAUUCCAUAUAUUUGGGCGUUCAUACAGAGGUGUAGUUGCAUAUGUUUUGAUCACUAUAUCAAUGUGGUUCAUGGUGGGGACAUGGCUCUUUGCUCCUUUCCUUUUCAAUCCAUCAGGGUUUGAGUGGCAAAAGAUUGUUGAUGACUGGACAGAUUGGAAUAAAUGGAUAGAUAACCGUGGAGGGAUUGGUGUACCUCCAGAAAAGAGUUGGGAAUCCUGGUGGGAAAAGGAGCAAGAGCAUCUUCGCUAUUCUGGGAAGCGAGGCAUCAUUAUGGAGAUACUGUUGUCACUGCGCUUUUUCAUCUUUCAGUAUGGCCUUGUGUACCAUCUCAGUAUUAUCGACAAGACCAAAAGUUUUUUGGUUUAUGGUGUUUCAUGGAUUGUGAUCAUUCUAGUAUUGUUAAUAAUGAAGGCCGUAUCUGUUGGAAGAAGACAGCUCAGUGCAAAUUUCCAACUCUUGUUCCGACUCAUCAAGGGUCUCAUAUUCAUAACGUUUGUUUCUGUAUUCAUCACCUUGAUAGCUCUCCCUCACUUGACGAUGCGGGAUAUCAUAGUCUCCAUGCUUGCAUUCUUGCCUACUGGAUGGGGACUACUGCUGAUUGCACAGGCUUGCAAGCCUCUGAUACAAAAUGCUGGAUUUUGGGGAUCGGUCCGGACGCUUGCUCGUGGUUAUGAAUUAGCCAUGGGCUUGCUUCUAUUCACACCUGUUGCAUUCUUGGCUUGGUUCCCAUUUGUUUCCGAGUUCCAAACACGAAUGCUGUUCAACCAAGCUUUCAGUCGAGGUCUUCAGAUCUCCCGUAUUCUUGGUGGACAGAGAAAAGAUCGCUCUUCUAGAAACAAGGAGUAA